CUGUCAAGUAAAAGAAAUUUGUUUCUUGUCUAUAUUCGUGGAAGAUCCCCGAAGCCCGGUAGUUCACCUCCGCUGCUGCAAGUACGGCGACAGCUCCCUUGGGAAGCUUGUUGGCAAGUCGUGACCGACGCUGGGCAUAUUCGAGAGCGGUAAUGCCGGGGGUGACUAGGUUGCAACCAUGUCAGUUCAACUUGAUCAGGUUACUCUUGCGCGCAAUCGAUCAAGGUCACAUACGUUCACCGGGACUGAGGAGGUGGGGGUGUGUCUCGUGCAAGGGCUGGCCGAAUUGAAGGUCCGCGGCGGCGACGGAGGUUGCAUACGCCCUGCGAAGCGGCGUUUUACCAGAUGCAAAGCACUGGCGCGUCGGACGGGCCAAGGAACGGAGCGAAGGGCGCAGCUGGAGAGCGCAUUGCCUCGCGAGCGAUCUGCAUGCUGCCAUCCUUCAAAAAAGAGGGUCAACGACGGUGAUCGAUAACUUGGCCAGCCGACUGGAUGGUAUCCGGAGAUAUCGCGAAAGGGUAGCAGCAUGUAUGGUGACUGGAACCGAGUCGGCGGUGAGGGCCAAUCACCUCCUCUGGGUUUCGCAUCCUUGUUGGAUCUACUUCCCCGACAGCGACAUCCGCGCCAUUCUUGAUCACGAAUAUCAAUUUACAAUUGACGAGGUUGCAAUUGAUAAUUGGGUCAAGCUGCAUGUUCUCGGGCGAGAUGACUCCCCUGUGAACCCAGAAGUAACCUAUCACCGCCGAAUCGCCCACGUUGACUCAUGGCGCAACUCUUACCGAGUCUAGGAAUCGCCAUCACAGCCAAUCGUGCACCGCGGGGAACGCCGACACGGAUAGGCCUUCUCGUUAGGGUACCAUGAAGCGUGUCACGAAGCGACCUUAUCAUCAGAUACGAGCUGCCGGACUAUAUAUUGAAGCCUAUUUCCGUCUGAAGCUGACUCCCUAAUCCUUCAUUGCUUUGCUGCCUCGUACAAGCACAUUACACACCAUGGGACGAACACUUACCUAUCCCAAGCGGGUAUCUAAUACCGCCAACAGAUAUAAGCAUCGCGCCACCUAUGACCUGGGGCCUAUUCACUCCAUCAUCAACGGCUCUCAAGUCCUUCAUGUCUCCUUCAAUCCAGGGCCGGAGGACCCUUUCCCGGCAAUUCUACCCAUGAUCGGCCAGAUGGGAUCCUACGAUUUCCCGUCUGCAAGUAUUGACGAGCCACUGGACUGCUACCUCCAUGGCUACGUCAGCUCGCGCAUCAUGAAUCUGGCCCGCAACUGCGAGGGUGACGGCCUACCCAUUUGCGUGGCUACUAGCAAAGUAGACGGCCUGAUUCUGUCUCUCACCCCCAACUCGCACAGCUAUAACUACCGCUCGGCCAUCCUACACGGGUACGCUAAGUUGGUCACCGAUGAAGAGGAGAAGUUGUGGGCUAUGAAGCUCAUCACCAACUCCGUUCUCGCCGACCGCUGGGAUAACUCUCGUGUUCCUCCAGAUCGGGCAGAGAUGCAAUCAACGGUCAUUCUGAAGGUCAAAGUCGUGGAUGGCAGUGGCAAGAUACGUGAUGGCGGUGUCUCGGAUGAGCGAAAAGACUAUGGCAAUGAGGAGAUUACGAAUCGCAUAUGGACGGGUGUAGUGCCCGUCUGGGAAACGUUUGGGCAGCCCGUUCCAAGUGGCGAUGGCAAGCUAGGCGAGAUUCCGGAGCACAUCACCUCGUUCAUCGCUAAGAAGAACGCGGAGAACCGGGCUUUGGCAGAGUCCGCGAUCAAAGUGACUCUUCCUGCCGAGGAGCAGCACUGAAGGACCUCCAAUGUGGUGGGCGCUUUGUUUUAAUGGUUAUGAAGCGUGUUUUUUUUUAUGAUCAGUUCGACCUUGGGUUUAUCUCAAUUCCAUUUGCCUUGUGAAACCAAAUAUUGAAGUUAUCUACUGCUUAAUCACAGUCCUAAUAUAGAUUUAAUAGGCACAUGAUUGUGAAGAUAUAUCGGCACACUCGAUCAAUUUCC